ACAAAAUGGCUACUGGUUCGGGUGGAGGUGCUGUUGGUAUAGGAGAGAAGGAAUCAGGACUGCUUGCAUGUCUAGAUGAACUGAGGAGAAGUCAUGAUAAAGAGACUGUGAAAAUUGCUUUGGAAACCUUAUUGAAACUUGCAAACAAUGCAAUCCAGCGUCCUAAUGAUGAAAAAUUCAGACAUAUCAGAGUAGAAAAUAAGGCCUUUAAUGCCAAAGUAUGGAGUUUGCCUGAAGCUCAACAGUUUCUGAUGGUCUGGGGCUGGGUUGAGACUGAUGAUGGACACAUUGAUUUGUCUGUGAAUGAUGUAAAGCAAGUUCUACAAAAGAGACUGAGUUCUGUGCCAUCACCAAAGCCAAAAAGCCAUGAUGAUCAACCUAUGACAGAAAAGGAGAAGAUGCUUCAAGAAGAAAGACGAUUAUUACAAGAACAAGCAAAAGCCGAAAAAGCAGAAAAGGAAAGAAUUAAAGCACAAAUUCGUGCCGAUAGAGAAAAUGUAAAGAAAAGAGAGUCUAAGGCUUCAAAAGCAACCCAUCUUCAUGGCGGAGGUCACAUGACAAAAUUUAAAGACAUUGGUAUCGACCUUGAUAAGGGUGGUGGAGGAUGAGGUUAAACCCCUCCUGUUUCAUGUGGACACCUACACACAUACAGGGGGGAGCCCAUUCAUUAUGUCAACAGAUGUGAUAUGGUAUGGUUUAUACAGUCAUGAUGGAUGGUUUCAAUGGCUAGUUUAUCAGAUUCACUCAUGUCUCGUGCUAGUGCUAUAUCAAGUCUCCUUUACUGGCACCUCUCACUUUUCUCUUUUGGGGUUCCUUUGUUUUGUAGACCUAAAGAAAAGGAGAUUGGAAAGGAAUUGGCACUAGUCUCUCUUAUCUCUCAUAAGGCAUAGGGACCCCAAAGCCUAGGCCUUUGAUUUUUUUCGAACCUGAUUUGCUUGCCUUUUUUCUGAGCCAUCUAACAAGGUAAAAGCCCUCCAAGGGUACGAACUGGAGAGGAUGGGCUUUUUAAAUCCAAUCGUACAUUAUAUUUGUUGACAUAUGUUAAACGGAAUGUCAUAUCAGAAAUCUAGAAGCUAGAUUAUGACGAUCAGCCUUGAAAUAUCUUCAUACGGGUAACAGGUUGAUCUGAUGUUUUUGGUAUUUUCAUUUCAUUACUUUCAGGGUGCAAUUAACUCACACACAAAUUGAAUUUUUAAUUCCAAUUUCUGAAUUUCUUCCAAGAAGAACAGAACAAAUUGUAUUUGCAGUAAAAUAAGACAGUAUCAGCAUUAAUAUGAAUGAAAUUUUGUAAACGCAUGUUCUCAAUCAGUAGAAAUGCGCUCAGCCCAAGUCUCUAAAAGAACUGUUGAUUGCUGUAAGCGUCAUGUAAAACUAUAAAUUUAUCGACUCUUUAUCGUAAUGUUCAAAGCAUGGAUUAAUAAUUAAAUACAAAUAAUGAAUUAUUAAA